UUUGACAUGACUCAAUAAAAUAAUCGAUUUACAUUUUCAUCCAUAUACAUACAAUAAUUGUGCACCAAAAAAAAAUAUACAUACAAUAAUUUAGCGUGAUCCAAGUUUGAAAUUAGACCCGAUUCGACCCGACCCGGCCCGGUCCAACCUCUAAUUUUGGGACGAAAGACUGGAAAGAGUAUUGAGAUCAGGAAAAUUCAAUUAAUCUACUGAAUAGUAACAGGCCAAUAAAAAGAAGGUUGAGUUCAUCUAAAAUUGACUUAUACAAAAUGAUUAAAUUUGGGUUCAGCUCCAAUGGCACUGUCAAUGGCUUCCGAUGCCUCUACAGCUACUUCUUCAUGCUUGGUUUUCGACGCAUUUCAACAUCUUCUUCAUCAAAUGAAGGUAAUAUUUCUUCAUUUGCGAACUUCUUAGUUGAUAAACUGGGUUUCUCCAACCACCAAUCUCUCUCUACUUCCGCUUCACUCGCUUGUCGGCGGGGAAUUGGUGGAGCGAAGCUUGUUGCUGAUUUCAAUAGGGUUGAAGAGGCUGAAUCUGUUAUUCAAUUCCUUAAGCAAAUUGGUUUUCAGCAAUCUGAUAUUAGGAAACUUGUAUGUCAUGAACCCCGGAUUUUACUUUCUAGGGUUAGACAAACCCUAAAACCCAAAAUUAAGGUUCUUAAUGAUCUGGGUUUAUCUGAGUCUGAUCUUGUUCAAGCUAUUUUAAAAAACCCUUCAAUAGUGCGCCAAAAUUUGGGUCCUGCAAUUCAUGCUUUUAGGACUGUUCUGGGUAGUGAUGAGAAUGUUGUUCGGGUGAUAAACAUAUCGAAUAGAGUUACUUUUAGUAAAGCUGCUAAAUAUUUGAUUCCCAAUGUUGAAAUGUUGCAAAGUAAUUGGGGAAUUUCUGGUGAUGAACUCAAGAAACUUGUUUUUCACCGGCCUAGUAUUUACUGUAUGGAGACGAAUUCAUUUCGAAAUCUCUUGAUUAGGGUUGAAGAAAAGUUAGGGAUUUCUCGAAACUCUGUGAUGUUUGUUUAUGGAAUACAAUGUGUCGCUGUAUGUAGUGAUAAGAAUAUCUACGAUAAAUGUGAAGUUUUUAAGAGCUUUGGAUGGACUCAAUUUGAUGUCAUGGAAUUGAUCAGGCGAAAUCCUUUGUGCUUGACAUCAAAAGAGGAAAGAAUUAAGGAAAGAUUGGAUUUUCUGAUAAACCAGCUGGGUUAUAAGCCGGAUUACCUAGCAUCCCAGUCUUCGUUUUUUACUUGUAGCAUAGAGAAGAGGUUAUUGCCAAGACACCGAGUCUUACAGGUUUUGAAGGAGAAAGGCCUGAUAAAAGAGCAUUACCUUCUUUCUAGUGCUUCUAUCUUGAGCGAAGCUAAGUUCUUGAAAAGGUUUGUUUUUCCUUUUGAGGAAGUCCAUGAGGUUUAUGCUCAGCUAACAGGCUCUACAGUUGAAUCGCUUGUUGCAGGAAGAGUAAAAGGCCAAAUCUGAAGAUGUCAUUGAGUUCAUUCUAAUACUGCUAGAUGCAAGUCAGUGUAUAAGGAAGUUUGGCUUUUGAAGCGUUUCUCUGUCUAUAGUAUGUAAUACACUGGAUCCGAGCCCAGCUUUUGGAGUCAACUAUACACCCCAAGUCCACAACCACAUUAUAAACAAAGGUUUGCAGCUAUCACCAAGUAUCCACGGCACCCUCCUGGGUUUAUUUAUGCGUUGGGUGUAUUCAAUCACCUAAAGGGAAGAGGAAGCACACAUCAAGAUGCACUUGCACUGUCCGCAUGAUUAUUAAAUGUCGCUUCACGAGGAAGAGGAAUUGACAGAAUUAUAGUCAGAACAGGAAAGGGAGACUGCAAAAAAGAAGUAUCUGAUGUGGAAAAUAAUGACAGAUCUCAUCUUAAGGCUUAAGCAUCAGCAUGAAACUGAACAUGACUCACAGAUGGGUCCAACUCAAUCUAAAGAUGGUCGAGGUCAAAAUCCGAUUUGCUCGUCGGCCAAAUGUGGCAAGAACCACUGGAAAUAGGAAUAGUUAUGCACUUAUGCUUAUGCAAUUGUAAAGGAAAAAAAACAUAUCAACGCAAUGUUGCAUUUGUCUUGUGUGUGCACUCUCUUAUAGAACACUAUAUUGUGUAGGAUAUUCUACAAUUUUUUAAUUGAUUUUUAAUUUUUAGGCUAACUUAUGAAACUUUGUAUAUUAUAGUCUUAUAGAACACUAUAUUAUGUAGGAUAUUGUUACAACUUAGGAAGCUUCGAGUAGCAUAGUCUUGAAUUGAAUAUGAGUCUAGAUUGUAAAAGCUCACAUGUUAAAAAAUAAAAUAAAAUAAAAACCUCUUAAGAAGGCCUAAUUGCACAUGAAAUCAUGAAUAUCGAGUUUGUCACAGCACAACAAAGUUCAAAUCAUAAUCCUAGUAAAAAGUAAGACAUCUUAAAUACGGAAC